CCCCGCCCGCCCUCGGACGGGGGUGCGGCUCCAGGAAACGGCGCGCUAGCCGCUGUGCGCUCCAGCCACCCGACGCGCUCCGGACGAUCCAGCGGGCUCAGCCAGACCACCCAGUGAACUCCAGCAGCCGCAGUGGGAGGCGACACCCAGUCUGAGCUUUGGAAACUUCCGCACCGACGGGGUGGGCUGCGCGAAGAGGAGCUCCAGAGACCAUGGGGACCCGGGCCCGGCCAGCGGUGGAGGACCAGCGGGAGCCCCAGGCCUGAAAAGCGGGCGGCGGGGCGGCUGGGGCCAUGACCUCAGUGUGGAAGCGCCUGCAGCGCGUGGGAAAGCGGGCCGCCAAAUUCCAGUUUGUGGCCUGUUACCACGAGCUGGUGUUGGAGUGCACCAAGAAAUGGCAGCCGGAUAAGCUGGUAGUGGUGUGGACCCGGCGGAACCGACGCAUCUGCUCCAAGGCCCACAGCUGGCAGCCAGGCAUCCAGAACCCAUACCGGGGCACCGUGGUGUGGAUGGUCCCUGAGAAUGUGGACAUCUCCGUGACUCUCUACAGGGACCCCCACGUGGACCAGUAUGAAGCCAAAGAGUGGACGUUUAUCAUUGAGAAUGAGUCCAAGGGGCAGCGGAAGGUGCUGGCUACAGCCGAAGUGGACCUGGCCCGCCCUGCGGGACCCACCCCGGUUCCGCUGCGGCUGCGGCUGAAGCCCAAGUCGGUGAAGGUGGUGCAGGCUGAGCUGAGCCUCACUCUCUCAGGGGUGCUGCUGCGGGAGGGCCGCGCCACGGAUGAUGACAUGCAGAGUCUUGCAAGCCUCAUGAGCGUGAAGCCUAGCGACGUGGGCAACUUGGACGACUUUGCCGAGAGUGACGAGGAGGAGGCUAAUGGCCCAGGUGCCCCUGAGGGCAAGGCUCGAGUCCUCCAGCCAGAUCCCUCUCGAGAGCUGAAGACACUUUGUGAGGAGGAGGAAGAGGGCCGAGUACAGCCCCGGCAGGCAGCUGCCAGCCCAUCCAGUGCUGAGGAUACCAGCCCAGGCCCUGUGAGUGCCCCUGUGCCCCCGGCCAGGGCCUCCCGGGGCCAGGGGUCAGAACCCGCUACUGUAGCAGGGGGCCAGGUGGGGCCUGAGGCCUCUAGGCCCCCAGGGCCCCCACAGGAGAUGAGGUCCUCGAGGCAACCAGACCAGGACACGGCCCCUACCCCAGCCCCUCGGCUCCAAAAAAUCUCUGACACCCCUCGACCCCCUGUCACACAAGGGGAGGAUGAGGUCUCGGAAGCCUCAGGGACUCCCUCAGCAGAAGUGGGUUCUGCCAGGGAGACCCAGGCUCAGAAGAGCCCUCAGGAAGGGACAGAGGUUCAGGGAACCAAGCUGGGCCCAGGCAUUGAGGGUGGAGGCUCCAGAGACUCUUUGGGGGGGCAGAAACCCGAGGAUGAAGAUAGGGGCACAGGGGACAGGCCAGAGGCUAGUGGGGUGGACACUUGGCGUGGGCCAGGAGUCAGAGAACUGAACACUAAAAGGUCAGGGGUCACAGUUGGGGAGGCUGAAGUAAGUUCAGGAGUCAAUCAAGGAGAUGCUGAGCAGAGGUCAAAGGUGAGGCAUGUGGACACUAAGGGACCAGAGGCUACAGUGGUGAUAUCUCAGGAGAAAUUUAGGGGGACUCCUGAGGCCCCUCCAAGGAGUUCUCAGGGGAGGAUCGGGGUUAGGACCAGGGAUGAGGCUUCCACAGGCCUCAGCCCAUCCCCAGCAGAGCCUGCAGGACACCCCAGAUAUCCCAGUGACCUCAAGCCUGCUGCAGGCCAGGAGAGAGGGGGUGCAGAGGUGAAAGGUGGAGCCCCUCGUGUUGGGGAGACAGGCCUGGAGCAGGGCCCCUCUGCUGGAGCAACAAGUACUGGGCCCCAGGUGAGCUGGUGCCAGGAGGCCCUAUCAUCAGAUGACCAGGGGGUGAUAUCUAAGGAUCUGGGAGUCUGGGGGGCAAAAGCUGGGGAUUCAAGGGUCCUGGGAAAAGAGACUAAGGAGGCAGAGGUGGAGGCAGGAUCCCAGGAGAUGGACACAGGGGCAUCAGGGUUCCUAGAGAGAAAGAUCGGGACAGCAGACACUAAGAUACUGGGGACACAAGAGAUGGAGACAGCAAUGUCAGGGGACCUGGAGUCGAAGGCUACUAUGAGGGCAGAGCCUGAGGUCCUGGGGGCCCAGGAGGCAGGAGUUCUGGAGGCCCCCAGGACAGAGGCUAGGAUAUCAGAGGCCGUGGUAACAGAGGCUGGGGGCACAGAAGUUUCAGGAGCAAAGACAUCAGAGACCGAGAUAUUGGGGACCCAGGAGACAUAUGGGGGCUCAGGGGCCCUGAGAGUAGAAGCCGAGAUAGCAGGAUCUGGGCUAUUGGAGCCCCAGGGGAUGGAGAUGGGAGGAUCCAGGGUUCCAGAGACAGAGGCUGGGUUAGCAGAGGCCGAAAUGCUGGAGACCCAGGAGACAGCAGCUGAUGAUUCAGGAAUUCCAGGCCUGGAAGCUGAAGUGGCAGAGUCUGAGAUAUUGGGAGGCUCCAGGAUACCAGAAACAGAGGCUGGGAGGGCAGAGGCUGAGGUAUCACAGACCCAGGAGAGAGCAUGUGAGGAUUCAGGGGCCUCAAGGAUAGACAUUGAAAUAGGAAGGACUCAGGAGACCGAAGUGGGGAUUCCAAGGAUAGAGACUGGGACAGCGGAAGCUGAGAAGGUGGGAACCCAGGAGUUAACAGCUAAGGAUUCAGGGGGCCCAAGGGUUGAAGCUGAGGUAGCAGAGUAUGAGAUAUUGGGGGCCCAGGAGACAGAGGUCAAGGGUUCAGAGGUUCUAAUGAUAGUGACUGGGGCAACAGAAGCAGAGAUAUCGGGGACCCAGGAUAUAGAAUUGAGGAGUUCACAGAUUUCAGGGGUAGCGUCUGAGAUAGCUGGGGCUCAGGAGACAGAGGUAGGGAAUUCAGGGGUCUCAGGGCCAGAGACUGAGAGAGCUGGGGCUCAGGAGACAGAGAUUGGGAAUUCAGGGGUCUCAGGGCCAGACACUGGAAUAGUAGAGGCUGAGGUACUGAAGAUCCAAGAGUCAGAAACUACAGUUUCAGGUGCUGAGAAGACACAGGCUAAGACUCUGAGGGUCCAGGAGGCAGAGGCUAGAGUCUUGGAGACUCUUGAAUAUGCGGCUUUAAAGGCCCCAGUCCAGCAAAGAGUGUUAGUAUCCCAGGAAGCAGAGCUUUCAGGAGUGCAAGGACCAGAGGCUGAAGCACUGAGGGUCCAUGAGGCAGAAGCUGGGGUUUUGGGGGUGUCAGAGGCCAAAUCUGGGACUUGGGGGGCCCAGGAAACAGAGAUGGAGGUUUUAGGGCCUCCAGAGAGUAAAUCUGGUAUUUUUGAGGCCCAGGAAGCAGAGGCUGGGGUCUUGGGAACCGAAAAGGGAAAAGAAGCUGAGGGAAGCCUCCCAGAGGCCAGCCUGGUUGAAGUGCAGGUGGCUGGUGGGGCAGGGGCUGGAAUACCCAGGCCCAUGGGGGCCUCUUCCCCAGAGGAGCCUGAAGAGGACAGGAGGCUGCCGGGCAGCCAGGCACCACCUGCUCUGGUCAGCUCCAGCCAAUCCCUGCUGGAGUGGUGCCAGGAAGUUACCACUGGCUACCGUGGCGUCCGCAUCACCAACUUCACCACAUCCUGGCGCAACGGCUUGGCCUUCUGUGCCAUCCUACACCGAUUCUACCCGGACAAGAUCGACUAUGCCUCCCUUGACCCACUCAACAUCAAACAGAACAACAAGCAGGCCUUCGAUGGCUUCGCGGCCUUGGGCGUGUCGCGGCUGCUGGAGCCUGCGGACAUGGUGCUGCUGUCGGUGCCCGAUAAGCUCAUCGUCAUGACGUACCUGUGCCAGAUCCGCGCCUUCUGCACCGGGCAGGAGCUGCAGCUGGUGCAGCUAGAGGGCGGCGGCGGCGCCGGCACGUACCGCGUGGGCAGCGCCCAGCAGAACCCAUCGGAUCACCUGGACGCUGGUGACCUGGCGCAGCGUCUGCGCGAGCACGGGGCCGAGGCGCCCAAGGAGGCCGCGAGCUGUGCCGACCGGACAGCCCCGGAGGCGGCCUCCAGGGACGAGGAUGCUACUCGCGCCUCCAAGGACCGGACGGAGGUCGCUCGGGAAGCGCGCUCCGCGGAGGCCCCGACCCAGGGCCCGGGAGCCCGGGUACCGGUGCUCCCAAACGAGGGGCAGUUGGACGGGGCGGGGCCACCGGGCAGCGGGUGUGGUGUGAGGCUGCGACGGUCCUCGGUCAACGGGGAGGCCGGGCCGGUGCCGCCACCCCGCGCGCACGGUUCCUUCUCCCACGUGCGCGAUGCUGAUCUGCUGAAGAAGAGGCGCUCUCGGCUGCGGAACAGCAAUUCCUUCUCGGUGGACGACCCGGAAUCGGGAGCCGCGGGACCUGCGGGCACCGGAGCUGCCCCUGCUGCGGGAGCCUCGCCUGCAGAAGGCCUGAACCCUGACCCCAGUUCUGUCCCUGGCCCACCUGCAGCCACAGUUUCACAACCACCCCCCGGUGGGAGUCCCCCAUCAGAGGAGCCACCCCCAAGCCCAGGGGAGGAGGCCGGGCUGCAACGGUUCCAGGACACAAGUCAGUAUGUGUGUGCAGAGCUGCAGGCCCUGGAGCAGGAGCAGAGGCAGAUAGAUGGCCGGGCGGCCGAGGUGGAGACACAGCUGAGGAGCCUCAUGGAAUCAGGUGCCAACAGGCUGCAGGAGGAGGUGCUGAUCCAGGAGUGGUUCACCCUGGUUAACAAGAAGAAUGCCCUUAUCCGGAGGCAGGACCAGCUGCAGCUGCUCAUCGAGGAGCAGGACCUGGAGCGCAGGUUUGAUCUGCUGAGCCGGGAGCUGCGGGCCAUGCUGGCCAUUGAAUGAGGGGGGUGGGGCGGGAGGGGCUGGGAGUGGAAGCAGGAAGAGCAGCUCCUGUUAGAGGAGCUGGUGUCACUGGUGAACCAGCGCGACGAGCUGGUCCGGGACCUGGACCACAAGGAGCGGAUCGCCUUGGAGGAGGACGAGCGCCUGGAGCGCGGCCUGGAGCAGCGGCGCCGCAAGCUGAGCCGGCAGCUGAGCCGGCGCGAACGCUCUGCGCUGAGCUGAGGCCCUCGUCUAGGAGGCUGGAGCUGCCCGGCAGCUUCGCCACUCCCGGCCCGGCCCGCAGCUUUUCUCGCCGCUGGCGCCCGCUCGCCGAGGGCCGGGCCGGGCCUCCCGGAAGCCGUGCGCAGCUGUCAGGCGCGUCACCUGGCGGGGACAGCGCUGGCCUAGGCCCCACCGCGGGGAGGAGUGGACGGCUGUGCCGACAGGGCGUAUUUAUUUUCCGUAUGAGUGUGCGUGCGCGCGUGUGUCCGCGGCGGGCUGUGGGCCCAGGAGCGCCGUGCAGAACCCCUCCCGGACGGCGGGGCCGGAGCGAGCCAGCCAGCCCAGAGACCGAGGCCCGCCGUCCCCCCCAUCCCGGUUCCCCAGGAGCAAUAAAGUUGGGCAAGGAUACA